UAUCUCCCGUCGCUCACGUGGUACAUUUUCGCGCCGUUUUAAGAAAAGCUGUCGUUCAUUAUUUGCAGAUCUUUGUUAUUAUUUACUGGGAUUGUUCAGUGGAUUCGUAUGUGAUUGUGUGUCAAGAUGCCGCCCAGAGACUAUACUGCAGAAAAGGGAAAGGUUACAACAUUUCUCAAAGAAUUCUAUACUGACAAUCAAGCUGGUGCUAAGGAAUUUGUGUACAGUCAACAACUGACAAAACUUGCUCACCGAGAACAGGUCAGUCUUGUUGUGGAUCUUGAUCAUGUGAGUGAUCAUGACCCUGAUCUUGCGGAUGCUAUUAUUGAAAACACUCGACGCUAUGUGACAAUCUUUAGUGAUGCUGUUCAGGAAAUACUGCCAGACUACAAAGAGAAAGAGGUUGCUUUUAAAGAUACUCUUGAUGUGUAUAUUGAGCAUCGCCUGUUGAUGGAACAGCGUGCACAUCCUGAUGGGCAGGAAGUCACACGUGAUCCCUGUAACAAAUAUCCUCCAGAGCUGAUGCGUAGAUUUGAGGUGUACUUCAAGGCACCAAGCACCCAAAAACACCUUGCUAUCAGAGAAGUAAAAGCGGAAAGCAUUGGUCACCUAGUUUGUGUGAAGGGUAUUGUUACUCGUGCCACAGAGGUCAAGCCCAUGAUGACAGUGGCCACAUACACUUGUGACACCUGCGGCAAUGAAACCUAUCAGCCAAUAGCAUCGUCAUCUUUUAUGCCAUUGUUGAUGUGCCCAAGCCAGGUGUGCACCACCAACCGAUCAGGUGGGCGCUUAUACUUGCAAACAAGAGGGUCAAAGUUCAUCAAGUUUCAAGAGCUGAAAAUUCAAGAACAUAGUGACCAGGUGCCUGUGGGAAACAUUCCACGCAGCAUGACUGUCAUGUGUCGUGGAGAAAUCACUCGUCAAGCCCAGCCAGGAGAUCACAUCAGUGUGUGUGGUAUAUUUCUUCCAAUGCUAAGACAGGGCUUUCGACAAAUUGCUCAGGGGCUGAUGUCAGAAACAUUUCUUGAAGCACACCGAAUUAUCAAGAUGAAUAAAACUGAAGAUGAUGAACUGGAUGCUGGUGACCUCACAGAGGCAGAGCUUAGACAUGUCGCAGAGGAUGACUUCUAUGAUAAACUAGCUAGUAGCAUCGCCCCAGAGAUCUAUGGCCAUGAUGACGUGAAGAAAGCUUUGCUGUUACUGCUUGUUGGGGGUGUAGACAAAUCACCAAAGGGCAUGAAGAUCAGAGGGAACAUCAACAUUUGUCUGAUGGGGGACCCAGGAGUGGCCAAGAGUCAGCUGUUGUCCUAUAUUGAUCGUCUUGCUCUCAGGAGUCAGUACACAACUGGGCGAGGUUCUUCUGGUGUGGGUUUGACUGCUGCUGUGAUGAAAGACCCAAUCACAGGGGAGAUGAUGCUGGAGGGUGGUGCUUUGGUGCUGGCUGACAGGGGUGUCUGCUGCAUUGAUGAAUUUGACAAAAUGAUGGACACCGACCGGACGGCUAUCCACGAGGUCAUGGAGCAGCAGACGAUUUCCAUUGCAAAGGCUGGAAUCAUGACUAGCCUAAAUGCACGAGUGUCAAUCCUGGCUGCAGCAAAUCCUGCCUAUGGUCGCUAUAACCCCAAAAAGUCAGUUGAGCAAAAUAUCCAGCUUCCGGCAGCUCUUCUGUCACGUUUUGAUCUGUUGUGGCUGAUACAGGACAAAGCUGAUCGAGAAAAUGAUUUAAGGCUUGCCCAGCAUAUUACCUACGUACAUCAACACAAUGUCCACCCACCUCUUCAGUUCCGGCCUCUUGACAUGCGUUUGAUGAGGCGCUACAUUGCUUUGUGCCAGAGGAAACAACCAACGGUACCCGAGGCACUUGCAGAAUACAUCACUGGGGCAUACGUUGAAAUGCGCAAAGAGGCCCGCAACAACAAAGAUAUGACUUUCACAAGUCCACGGACUUUGCUAGCUAUUCUUCGACUUUCUACAGCACUUGCCCGCUUAAGACUUGCUGAUACUGUGGAGAAAGAGGACGUAAAUGAAGCUAUGCGGCUGAUGGAAAUGUCACGGGAUUCCCUUAACUCUAAUGCAGAUGCUCAUGUCAGAACCCAGAACCUCACAGAUCAGAUCUAUGCUGUUAUUCGUGACAUGGCACCAGUGAAAGGUGUGAAGUCCAUCAAGAUGUCAGAUAUCAUGGAACAGUGCACAUCCAAAGGUUUCAAACCAGAUCGUAUUGAUGCUUGCAUAGAAGAGUAUGAGGAGCUCAACGUCUGGCAGGUCAAUGCUGCUAGGACACGCCUGACCUUUAUUUGAGCAGGAUGAAAUCAGGCCUUGCUCGCAAUUUUCUUUUAAGAUAUCGGCACGAGUACAAACAGCUAUCAAAACUGAUAUUUAAGAACUGAAUAAGUGUAUUCUACUUUAAGACCUGUAUGGGUGAAUUUUAUUUACAUGGACAGAAUUUCUGUGAGAAAUCCUUACAGAGGACAGUUCACCUGUGUAAAACCAUAAGUUAGUGGACAAAACUGUAAGAUAAAAAUAAAGUUUGUAAUCCACACACUAGCUGAUGAGUAACAUUUUUUCCUUGCUUUUGGCAGUUA